AUGCGGCACCCUCUCAAUGUCAACCACCUAAAAGCUGCAACUCUCCAGAUUUCCCAAAUACUGACUCUCCGAAAGGCAUAUCACACAAAAAUGUUGGUGGAAUGCAGCCGUUUGAAUUUUCUCGUUGUAGUUAAAAGAGCACUGUUUUACAGAGAUGAAUUGGUAGGCCCUGAUGAGUUAUUUCUGGGGACUGGCUGUCAGGCAAUUCGAGUGUGGCCGGACAAACUUGAAUUUGACUAUCCUGUUAGUCUGUGCGGAAUUACAAUGCAGGUCUUCUGUGAUGGAGCCGUCUUCCAUUCCUGGCUCACCUAUGUACCAAAGAAUCAAUCCAUUUCUGCUAAACUUCACCUGGAGUGUACAGUUCCCAGCUCCUGUGUCUCACCUGAUGAGUCCUAUAACAACACUGAAGUGAGCAAUGGCUUCCUCCUAUCCUCACCUGUUCAACACUGGUUCUUGAUACAGUACAGAUACUGCAUGAGAUGUGGCUAUACCCACUGGAGAGAACACUGGUCCACACCUUUUUAUGGACCACACAAUUAUUCACUUCAAGAGCAUUUCUUCCAUCCUUUCACCGAUGACUUUUAGAAGCUUUUCGCCUUGGACAUUCAGCAGCAAUACGGAAGUAACCCAGCCCAG